CUUAAACAUUGCGAUAACCUUUUAUUAAAAAUGUUUAGUUUAGUUAAAUUUUUAUUAUACUUGUAAAAACGUAAAGGUUUUAUUAAAAAUAAAAAUGGCAAGAGUAUUACUUAAACCAUAUCUUUUAGGUUUUUUUGCAUUUUUAUUACUACUCCUCCUCAUAUACACUUUUUCGGUUCAAUCAAGCUUAUGCAUUUGUAGGAAGAAAUGGUUGGAGAAAAAACACGAUGAAAAAAUAUUAAACCUAAAUUUUUAUUAUAAAAUACUUAAUUUGGUUUGUGAAGCUAAAACGCCUGAUUUUAUAGUAAUAAUAGCAAGUUCCGCAGUAAAUUUCGAUAACAGACGAGUAAUUAGAAACACCUGGGCUAGAAAUCAGUCGAUACCGAUAAUUUUUGCUUUGGCCAGCGUAAUCGACGAAAAUAUACAACGAAAAAUCGAGGCUGAAAACAGGAAAUAUUCAGACAUAAUCCAGGGAAAUUUUAUAGAUAAAUACAGAAACUUAACCUACAAACACCUAAUGAUAUUAAAGUACGUCAAAGACUACUGCCCCAAAACGAAAUUCUUGCUAAAACUCGAUGAUGAUGUUUUCGUAAAUAUGCCGCAAAUGUUGAAUUUCAUUCAAAACGACCUUCAGCCGACAUUUACCCAUAAUGUGAUCAUAUGUGACCCCUAUGUGAACUCUCCUGUGAAAAGAACCAACUCAAAAUGGUCAGUGACGUAUCAAGAGUUCCCUUCAUAUCAAUACCCAACCUUCUGUCCUGGAUGGAGGAUUAUAUACUCCAUGGAUAUGGUGGAAUAUCUCAUCAACCAAGCGAAAAACAAAAACGUUAAGUUUUUUUGGAUUGACGAUGUGUUUGUUAGUGGAGUUUUGGCCUCGCAUUUAAAGGAUGUACACAAAAACAUUACUUCGCUGACAAUGCAACAUUACGUGGUUGAUAGUGUACUAGAGAAUAAAACAAGCUAUACACCAUUUUUGGUUGCUUCCGCAUUUUUAAAUCCCAAACAAUAUGGGCCACUUUUAGAGGUAGUUUUAAAAAAUCACCCUGUACAGUCUUUUAAAUACAAGUUAAAAUGGUUAAAUUAAAAAUUUUAAAAUAGGUAAAAAUUUGUAUUGAUGUUUUAAACCAGGUCUACCAAAACUAAAGAACAAUAUUAGCAUAAAUAUUAAUUAAAUUUAAUCGGCUUUUUGGAAGACUGUUAUUGCAAACUGGGCAUCUCUUCUUCUUCUGCUACAUAUAAAUAAUGGAACGAGAUUAAGCCAGCUGAAUAACUGCAGUCCAUGGACAUCUCUAAUUUGCGCUACUCAACGAAAUUUGUCUGACAUACAAAAUGGUAUAAAUAGAAAAUCAAAAAAAUAAAGUACAAUAUCAUUUACCUACCUAAUUUGUUU